UGUCCUCCCACUUAUCGUUUCUCCUUUAUGGACCUUUUCCACACCACUUGUAUCACACUACCAACAUUGCUCCUUCGACAAUAACAACAACCACGACCCCCCCGUGAAUAAUCCGCAAUGGCAAAUGUAAGUUCCUCCCUUCCCUCUUCCCUCCUUCCUCCCUCCCCUCUCAUACCCAUCACACACCUACCGGUAGCUAACCGAGCAAACGAACCCUCCCUCCCCCACAGAAAGCCGCAAAACAACUCGCCCGCGCCAAUACCGCGACCCUGAAUCGCACGCACCUCACUACCCUCGUCCUUCACACGCUCUUCAUCCUCUACCGCCUACUCUACCGCUCCGGCUCCUGGAGAAAGUACGUAAUCCUCUCGCUCCCAUCCCUGGUAAUAGAAGUCUACCUCGAGCGCCUGGGCCGGCCGAAAUACGCCUCUGGAGGCAAUGGGGGGCCGCCAGUGUUGGUUUCCGCGGGGGAGGAUAUGGAGGGCAAGGGCGUCACGGAGUACAUGUGGGAUAUUGUCUACGUGACUUGGGGCGUGCUCGGACUUGUUGGUGUGGCGGGGGAGUGGGGGUGGUGGGUUUGGGUAUGUUUUCUACCCUUCGAAAGGAGCGGACUGUGGCUAAUGGUGAGGUAGGCUAUCGUUCCCAUGUACGCGGUUUACCUGGCUGUCGGGAUGUACCGUGGUAUGAGUGGUAUGAUGCCCGGAAUGUCGCCACCCGCCGCCACCGCUACGCCGGAGGGACCGCAGAGCAAUCGGCAGAGGAAGGCGGAGAAGAGGGGAGGGCAGAAGGUCCGGUAUAAUUAA